GGCCUGCGGGAGGGCGGCGGCGGGGCUCUGCGGCGGCGCAGGUUGGUUCGGGGUGGGCGCCGGCGGCCGCCUGGCGCAGGCCCGCGGCGGAGGGAGAGCGGCUUAUCGACAUCCCACCCCUCCUCCGGGUUGCCAUGGAGACGGGCGGGCGGCGGCGGCGGCGGCGGGGCUGUCAGUGAGGGAUCGCACAGGGCACCGGGGCGGCGGCGGCGGCGCAGGGGAGGCCGCGGCAGCGGCAGCGGCGGCGGCAGCGGCAGACAUGGACUCGCAGUGCGACUGUGCCGAGCCUCCGGCCGCCGAGCAGCCGUCGGGGAGGAUUAACAAAACCGCCUUCAAACUGUUCAAGAGGAGGAAGUCCGGGGGCACCAUGCCGAGCAUCUUCGGGGUGAGGAGCAAAGGCGGGGAGGGGAAGGGCGCCGGCAAACCGGGGAUGGUGCGGAGCCGGACGCACGACGGCUUGGCCGACGCCGUGCUGGAGAGCAGCAGCAAGAAGGAGGAACCGGGCGGCGGCGACCCGCAGAGCCGGGAGGCGCAGAGCCGGCCGGGCGGCAGCCUCGGCGUGUCCGCCGGCAGCUCGGUGGCCAAGUCGCACAGCUUCUUCUCCCUGCUGCGGAAGAACGGCAGGCCGGAGAACGGCAAGGCGGAGAGCGCGGAGCAGCGGGCUGGCGGCAGACAAAAGAAGGGGCUCAAAGGCAUCUUCAGCAGCAUGCGAUGGCACAAAAAGGACAAAAACGGAAAGGAGGAGAGGGGGGAAACCUCGGAGAUCCAGUCCGGCCUUAUUAUGCCGGGGUCUCUGACUGCCAGCUUAGAGUGCAUCAAAGAGGAGACGCCAAAACCUUUGUCUGAAACUCCGGGCAGCGCAGGAGACACGGGGCUGGACGCGCCGCGGGAGAAGCGCAGCGGGGAGGCACUCGCCGCGGCCCAGGAGGCGGCUGGGGCGGGCAGUGGGGAGUUGCGGGACAGCAGCCCCCCGGCCCGGGAGGACCCGGCCGCGGCUGGAAGGCGACCCGAGGAGCUCUGCCACGAGCGACCGGACCCGGGCGCCGGAGAGGUUGGGACUGCGAAGGAUGCGGCCAUAACAGGCUGCGGAGAUAUUAUUGCGGACCAUGAGGAGGAUGUGGGCAGCGGGAGUGGCGGCUGCGAGAAGAGCAUCCCCGGGGCUGGCAAGCUGGGUGCCUCCAAGAAGCACCCCACCAUGGUGGCCUACCAGGGAGGAGGGGAGGAGAUGGCCAGCCCAGACCAGGUGGAUGACACUUGCCUGCAGGAGUUCUGGGACAUGCUGUCACAGACAGAGGAGACCCCAACAGGAGGUGGAGGUGCAGGAGGGACAAAGAAGUCCGAGGGGUUGAAGGAGAACCGAGGUGCUGAGGGGGCCCAGAACAGGGCGGUGGGGAAACGUGGUGGUCUUCACCAGAUCCCCAUUCACCUCAACCAUAAAGAGGAGCAGAAGGGCAGGGAGAAGGAGCAGCACGAAGGUGUCCCAAACAGCGAUGAGGGCUACUGGGAUUCCACCACCCCUGGUCCUGAGGAAGAUAGUUCCACAAGCAUCCAGAAGGAGACUAUCCCCAGGGACAGCUACAGUGGGGAUGCUCUCUAUGACCUCUGUGCUGAGCCGGAUGAGAACCCACCAGCAGGGCCUACAGAUGAAGAGGUCACCUGUGUGCCACGCUCCAAGCCUGUGUCUCCAAUAACAACCACACUGAAAACACCCUCAAGCACAGUGAAGGACUCCAAGAUACCGAUCAGCAUCAAACACCUUUCGUCGCAUUCUGCCAGCCAUGGAGCAGAUGCCAGUAACAGCCAUCAUGUCGCACACCAUCACCUGGCCAAAAGCGAGAUGCACAGAACAAAAAUCCCGGUCUCUAAAGUACUGGUACGGCGGGUCAGUAACAGGGGCUUAGCAGGGACAACAGUGAAAGCUGCCACGUACCAUGACAGUGCCAAAAAGUAGUCGAAUAAGAGGUGGAAACAAAGAUGGACAGCGAGGUGGGUGUGUGAAAGCCUGCGUAGGAGACCACAGAUAAUGAAUUAGUUUUGCAUCACCUUGAAGAAAGGCGCUAAAAGGCUUACUUCACUGUACUCCACGGGCGUGCACUUCUGAAUCCCUUCUUAUGAGACUGUAUGGUUGAAUAUAAAAAGUCGACUUCUUUUUGAGCACUUUUUUUUACAUUUGUAUCUUUUUUCUGCAGCACUAAACACUGGGGAGGUUCAUUUUUACAUGCCUUUUUGGACGCAGGACUUGGAUUAUGAGCCUGAUCCUUCCUCACGUGAAGCAGUACCGUGAGUUCUUCAAGAGUACAGUUACAAAAGGAGCGACACGAGAGGUUCUCCAAUACACUUAUCUGUUAAUCGUUUCUGGGGGAGGAGUGGAAGGUGGGUGCCUGGCUCCCAGAAUUACAUUUGCUCUACAAGAUGUUGGAAAAAAUGCCAAGCAAAAAACCAACCAACCUAACAGGUAUUUUACCUGCUGUAGGAAGGAGAGCACUGCUCAGCAGCAGACUUGAUUGACUUGUGUGCAGUAGAUAACUAAAGGAGUUAAGUGGACUUGUCUAACAGGAAAACAUAUUUUUGUUCGUCUGUCUGUCUGGUUGGUUUUGAUCUGGUCUGAUGUAAAUGGGUAACAGAGACACCUGGCGUAGGUUCAGAUGUUUACAUCGAUACUUGUCCGAUAACACAUACAAUCAGGUUCAGGGAAACAUUUUACUAAAUGCCAAUAUAUACACACUGUUCACAUUUAUACCGUAACUUGCUCACCAUGUGUAAAUAUAUACAUAUUUUAGCAGAUUUACUCAAUGCUACAGAUUUUUAUAUAAAAAAAAAAAUCACCUGUCUGUAUUAUCUAGAGUUUAAGCAAGAGUUAGUUUUUAUAGGUAGAUAAUUUUACAGUUCUAAAAUGAUAGAACUUUGUGUAAGUACCUUAAAUUAGAGCAAACCUCUGUUUUGUAUGAGCUCAUACAUCCCCAGAUAAGUAAAUCUGAAGUGCUGAUUUUAUUCCAGUGGCACAUUCCAUGGGUCAGAGCUGAGGUUCUGCCAACACUGCCACUGCAAACCUCUAUUUUCAGGGGUUUGGACAAAGUUGCUCUGGGCUUAAACCUUACAGAGAAGGAACCCAGGAGAGAAACAUGUUUUUUAAUUAUUAUUUUUUAAAAUAUAUAAAAUUAGUUUUUGACUAUUUAAAGAAAGUUUGGGUUCUCGUUGCUUUUUAUUUUCAUUCUUAAUAAUGUCAGAAUAAUUUUACUUUAAGAGAGAAAAAGAAAUAUGGUAAGAUAGUGACACAUAAAAUGGUCUGAUGAGCUUAGAUCUUAAGAGAAAUGUAUUAAUGGCCAGGACAUUUUUGAAUAGUGGCUACUGUACAUGGGCAUUGACAACAUUUCAAAGAAAUUUAUUAAGGUUUUAAUGUGCCUGAGGACAUAUUUUUAUGAUACACUGAAAAAGCUCCAAAAUCACUGAAGUCUAAAGGUAAAUAUUAUGUAUUUACAAAAUAUUUUGAUAUAAGUAUUUAAUCAUCAGACCACAGUUAAUAUAAAAUAUAUGGUCCAGUGUAUCUGAAAAAUAAUAUACAUUUUUAAAAUAUACAUGUCUAUAUUAUGCAGAGAAUCCUAAAUUCACAUAAUUGAAGCUAAUGGGUCUGAUCUUACAUAGCAGUUGGUUUUAUUGUCUCUUAAACUGAAAGGGAAAAAAAGGAAAAUAAAUAUACAGAAUAUACAUUUGAAGGAUAUUAAGGUUAUAGAUAAACCAUAAAAAGCUAGGAAAUACCAUAGUAAGAAUUGUAUAUAUGUAUAUGUGUGGUUCACUGGGGAAAUGACCUUCUAGUCACAAGGGUAAAAUUGGCAUCUAGUUCUGAAAUGAUUGCAGAGUUUAAUACUGAGCUGCAAUGCCCCAGUGAAUUGGGAGAAAGUGUUUUCCUGACCAGUCCCUGUUUUCAUGGUUUGAGUAAGAACCUUAAUAGACUUCAAAGAAGGUUAUUUUAUAUGUUUUCUUUCUAAUGUGUAUGUGUGUGGUUUUCUAUAUGCCUACUCACACAGGCGUGUUGUACAUAUGCAUGUGUAGUCAGGAUGCACCUCCUCCUGGGUUACGUGCAGUGGGGCGAAGGCACGCACCUGCGCACAUCGGCACUCGUGAACAUAGCCACGCGUGCACGCUCCCGCGCACAGGCGGAGGGCAUGUGCUGUAGAUCUGUCUCCAGACACGCUGGCAGUGAUUUCCUUUGCCUGAGAAAGGGAUUUGCAUUUGGCCUGGCUCUGCUUGUGCAUUUUAGGGAGUUAAAGCUGAAAUACCCUCAAAAGGAUGAAUGUACAGAACAUGGAAUAUUAUCCCAGUCCUCAGACCUAAACCUAACAUUCCUUUUUCUGUUCUUUUGUUUUCAUUUGACUGUAAGGGACACAUCUUUCCUUGCAUGACAACUCUGCAGGAAAAUCACAGUUCCCCAUUUUGUUGUAUUGUGCAGAGAGAUUUUACAGGGUACUGAAAGUUGAGAGGGAGGGAGGAUGUGGUGAGCUUGGGGUAGCACCAUAGAAACUGGAAGCACUGAGUACAGGUAGCAGGAGUGGUGCAUCUUUAAAACUGCUUGAAGAUACCAGCUGCCAUCUCUACAGGACCUGUGUGUGGCAAAUUAUUCAUCAGCAGCAUUUUGUUUGCAUUGUGGCAUGUCUGUAUUGAGGAACCAAUAGAGUGACACUAGACUAGCUCCCUCUCACGUAAUGACUAACAUGAAUCAUCAUUAAAAUGCUUUGGCUUCCCCCUCAUUUUUCUCUCUCCUUUUGUUUUCUGCCCCAUUUUCCCUCCGUCCUCUGCAUGCUGGUGGGCAGCUUCCUCCUCGAUGUGGUGCGGAGCGGAGCGGGGAGCCCUGGGCUGGCUGGGAGCGCAGGGUGGGAGGGCGGCCUUGAUGCUUGCCCAAGCCAGGUACUCUCCAGUCCCACUCCCAGGCUUUCUAUGGCAUACCCAAUGUAAGUACACUUUGCAGGUCUCUUGGCGGUUCGUUCGGCUGCUUGCUAUGUAUAUAUUUUAAGGACAAUCAUAUCCUUAAAAGGAGAAUGGGAAAGUAGCUUGUAGUAAGGCGUCAGUGUUAUGAAUCGUUGCGACAUACUGACGUUGAUUCAGGGUAAUGGUUGUGUGAGAGUAAAAAUACAAUUUAAUGCUCAAAUUAACUUUGUAUUUAUAAAACUCACUUUUGUCUUUAAGCCAUCUGUGUUUUUUAUUUCAAAAGGUGAUAGAAAAUUUAAUAUUUACUAGGGCUUACAAUUUUCAUACAAAUAUAUUUGUAUAGCUCCACACAAUGCCUAAAACAAUCAUUGGGAGGAGGUUCAAAGGCUUCCUUUAGACCUAUAUUUAAUUCCUGCAAGAUCCCUGCAAAAUACUGUGAGAUGCCUAAGAACAAACAGUUAAUGGCUUGCUGGAUUUAAAGGCUGAAACAUAAAGAGGUAAUAGUCCUGAGGCAUUCUGUGGUUGUUUGCAUUCCUAUUUAUGUUAUCCUGUUCAAGCAUAUAUUUUCCUUGCCUUUGGUAGGUAUCAAGGUAGAAAUGGUGUUCUGAGUCCCAAAGAUAACAUUCCCAAUGCUGUUGUUGUUUUGAUUCUCUUAAAGAGUACUUUUCUUUGUUUUGUUUGUUAUUUUGUGGUCUCAAUGAUGCUUUGUAAUUAUCAGCUUGUAUGUCAUUGAUAAAGGAUUUUAUAGAUCAGGACUUGGCAUUUAGUUAUAUGUACUCUUUGCACUUUCAGGUCACUACUGGUAAACUUUGUAUGUUCUUAGGGUUUUUUUCUAUAUAUUGCGUAGUGUUUUAUAGCUAUCUACAGUGAUUUCAGUGGUAUACAUUCCUGUUCUAUAUAUCAGCACAAAAGAUUUCCUUUCAAUUGCAUGAAGUGAUGUUUUUGUGGACUUCUUUUGUCAUGAUAGAAGUUAAGUUUCCUGUACUAUAUGUGUGGCCUGCAACAGACAUAAAGGGUCUUAUUUUCCCUGUGGUGCAUAUGCAUUUUGCUCUUGCCAGUAAUAGGACUCAAACACACAUAGUAGCUUUCAGAAGAAAUUCCAUGAUUAGGAUAAGAAAACUAUGUUCAGUCUUGUUCCAUCAAUCACCAGCAUUCCCUUCAUCCACUGUGAAUAUCCUCACCACCAUUCAGGGUAGUAGAGGACUGAAUUUUAAAAUUUACAUGCAUAGAUAUACACUAUGAAAAUUAAUUCACUGAUUAUUUUUUAAUGAGUCUAACUGAAUUAUUUAUCUAAGCUAAGCGAAUAUUGCACCAAAGUCUUCAAAACGUAUGAUACAGAUGGCAUUUUCAGUAAGAUGCUGUAAGUGCAGAUGAGCCAAAUUAACAGGCUUUGCUUAGCAAAGCAAAACCUUGUUGUUUCUCAAAUUUGUAGUACUGAGCCUGCAGAUCAAAGGGAACCAUUGAUUCUGCUACAUGACCAUACUCUGAGUUGUUUUUUUUUCCUGCUCUAAUGGACUACUUUCAGAAAGGCCUUUUCAGCACGAUAAUGGUAUGAAAGAGACAGUUCACAGUAACAAUAGCCACUUGCAAGGCAGAUGGUUAUCUAACAGCCACAAUGGGGGACUCUAAGCAAGGUGGCCUGAAAAUGUAUUUUCACAGUUAUUGAUAUGAAAGGCUGAGGCUUCUGUCUCGGAAGAACAAAUUGACACCGACUCAGAGAGAUGCAGAGAUGAGUCUUGGCAGAGUUUACACGUGACAGCUUUUGCAGGGUUGGUUUUUUUGUUAUUGUUUUGGCUUUUCCCUUUUUUUUUUGCCUUUGCCUUGUUGAUGUUUUCAUCACGAUGAUAUAACCCCACGUGUCCAAGCAGAAUUGCACAACAACUGACUCGUCUGAGAUUCAAUGCAUCUGUCAGUUGUCUUCAGUGGCCUGGGACUGGUUCCCACUGACCAUCCCUCUCUUCCCUUGAGGGGUUGGAUUUCCUUGUCACGAGUCCCGGUGCUGUUCACUGUGAGUGGGAGGUAUCUGAAUCUGUCUUGCUGUUUGUGUUCAGGGGACAGUUCAUUUUUAAUUUGGCUCACAGGAAUUUUUAGCUCAUCAUGAGCUCACAUCUUGUCUUCCUUCUGAGCAUCUUGGCUAGGAAUGGUCAGCAUUCAUUUGGUGUUUUCUAGGUCCAUUUCACAUAGAGAGAAAUGGAAGAACUUAUCAUAUGCAAAGGAAUAAGAGCUAUAAACACUCAAGCCACGUCCUGGGGGCCUUUAUUCCUGCAAAAGCAGGUUGUUAAAGUUCUUCUCGCCUUAGAGGGCUUCUCUAUCCAAAACAGUGAGUACUGUAGCCUGGGACCCCCCUUUUUUUUUCCCUCUCUGUCUCUCAUUCCCUCUCAGCCAUACUGCAGUUGCUUGGGAAACUGAGAUUUUUGAUCUAGCCUUCCAGCACUAAAAUAAAGGAGCUGCUGCCAGUGUGUUCUUCAGGAGGUCCUUGCUUCUGCUUCUUGGUCUUGAAAAAAUUAAUUCACCUUCAGAACAAGCUGCUAAGAUAUUUAAAAUGGAGAUCUCUGCUCUGUGGUCUCAUACAUGCAGAUGAGGAUGUUGAGUGAUAUUUUGCAUAGAGUGGAUUAUAUCUCUCCACUUUCCUGUUGUGGACAGUUUAGCAAAACUAGCAGGGAAGCAUAUCACUCUUGUAGGAAAGCUCAGAUGCUGUUUGUUAUGGAAACUGUGCCCAGAUUUUCUUUAUCUUUGUUAAGAACUGCUUUUCUUUUUCCUUUCUGUACGUAUUUAAAUAACUAGAACCAAAGUUGGUUAUGUACUUCACAGGGCAAGGAGUUUAAACUGCCAGGCUGAAAGGCUUCUUGUAGCAAUGGCUAAAAGAAGAUUGCUUUGCCUACUUUAACAUCACAUCUAAGCAAUGCUCUGCAAUAGAAGCUAAUCCAGCUAUGGCUGGCUGCAAAAUUAGAAAACUGGCAUUUGCCAACAUGACAAUCUCUUUCCAAGGUCCUGUUCUGCUGCAGCAGAGCUUCCACUGACUCCAGUAAGAACUGGCGAAGGUCCUUAAUCCCUUCACCUUAAGGAAAUAGGAAGUAUUUCUUAAGUCUUCCUUUUUUUUAAAGAUGAACAUUAUUCAGGUGAUUGUGCAGUCUUUUAUAUUACUAGAAUAGUAUUUUCACUGAUCUGAAUGCAAAACAUGUCUUUCCAUUGUUUUUCCAUCUAAAAAGCAGCCACUCCUGCACAUAACUCCAGUGCUCAGCAUGUUUAAACUACAGCUAACACAAUCACUGCUUCCUUAACUUAACUUGUGAUGGCAAAACCAGGACCAGAUCCUUCCCAGAGCGCUAACCCCCCUGCUUAUUAUGUUGUUGUUCAUGUCUUUCGAUAUGGUAGCUAAUGAUGCCUCCCUUUAAUUAUUACAUAGCCACAUUUUAAAUCUGGUUUUAGGGAGAACAGUAUGUAGGGACUGAAUGGUAAAAUUUUUAACAGGAUUUUAUUAUUUUGGAUGAUAUUCCAUCAGAACAGUUGCUAUUUCAGUAUCAGGUUGUUUCCAUGGGCUUUUUCUGCAGAUGCAUUGGAAGCUUUGAACAUAAUGUGCUCAUAAAAGAAAACUUGCUGCAUCUGCUUUGAAUUAAGCCUGACCUUAAAAUGUAAAAGCUACACAUCUGGUGAUGUUUCUUGGCUGGUGGCAGCAAAGGGGAAGAAGGUCUGCCCCAACUCACCUGCACGCCAUGGACUGGGGGAGCAAGGCAGUGUCACUGGGACAAUAUGGUAUCUGCCAGGUGGGACAGCAGCAGGGGAAGCCAGGGUGGUGGUGCUGUGCUGGGGUGGGAAGGUUGAUAGGCUGGCUGGGAGAUGGGAUGAAAGCAAGGGCUGGACUGCUGGUCCUGUGGAGAAAGAGAGUUAAACAUAUGCCUAUAAAAUCUGGCUCUUUUUUUCUUGCAUUGAUGCUAAUAUUACUGUGUUACACUAAGUUAGGAGCCAGACUAUGUGAGUCUGCAUGUACUGAAGCCAGUUCUUCUGCUGGUGGACUUCAAUGUGACUGAGCAGUGCCCAGUGCCUUCACUUCUGAACGUAGUUGUAGCACAGAGGCUUCCACAAAUCCACCGUAGUCCAGCACUGACCCAUGGCCUCUCAGUGCUCUUCCAUCCUCAUUUUGCCAGAGGGAUGCGAAGACCCAAGCCCUUGGCAGGGUGCUGGGCACUGGCUGCACCUUUGCAGCCCAAGGACAAGUAGAGAUAGAGUAUAAGAUGCACUGUGCAGUAGCACCGCCAAGUCCUAGGUAGAGUGCAAGUAACUUUCUGCAGCAUGUGUCUUGAUAAAAUCAAUGUUCUCCUGCUUUUCAAAAGAAGGAGCAAGACUAAAGCCAUUGCCUUUGUGUAAAAUUGAAAUUGUGUAAAAAUCCUCUGCCAUGGGGCAGAUUUCAACAGCUGAGCAAUAUUUCAGUCCACCAGUAUUCCCUUGGAAAUCAGUGGACCUAUUAGUGGUGUUGAUUGUUAUUAAGUGAAGAUCCCAUGAUUUGGCCCCAUCUGAAUUUUCCUUGCUGUGUUUGUCAGCCGAGACUGUCUCAGAAAAGCUCUAGUGUUGAGGCUUGUACCCCUGUGAAAUGCGGGAGGAGGAAUGGAUGUGGUUGGUGGAAAAUACAGAUUCAGUAAGUCCAGGAGACACGGCAUGGCUUCAGUCUUUUACUGCAGCCCAGCUCUGCUUAAAUAUCAUGAUAUGCUUGAGGAAAAUGUAGCAGGGACUGCUCCACACUGCCUCUGACAGAACAAUGCUCUUGGGGUUUCCUGUGUGCUGAAAGGGACAGAUGUGUCCUAUUAAAAGUCACUUAACCUGUUUCUGUAAGAGGUGUUACAGCUGACAGAUCACUGUUAAUUACAAUUUUCCCUCCUAUUUUUUUGUGUCAGCAACCUCCAGUAAGGUAGCAUAUGACCUAUUCAAGAUAAUGAGUGAGUAAAGCCAGAACUCCCUGCUCUUCUUACCUGAACAGUUUGUUAAUCUGGUGAGUCUGUGUGCACCAACUUUCUUUUAGUGAAAGCUCAUAGUGCUGCGGGGGGUGUUUCUGUAACAGACUGUUAGAUACACUCUGCUCCUUUCCACCUCUACAAACUUUGAUGAGUAUGUGUCUUCUCAAAUCACUGUAUUCUUCACCUACUUACAACCUGACUGAUAGCAAUAGAUGUCUUUCUUCCCUGGCAGUUCACAAGGAUAUACUAAUCAGUGUUUAUUAUAUUUUUAAUUCUGUAAAUAUUUAUUUUGGUACUCUGUGUAUUUAUUGGCACUAAUUCUGGUGUUUGCUUAUGUGUCAUUGUAAAUGUUGAUGGUUUCAAUAGUCUUGCUUCUAAUGAAUGUAAGGAACUCAGACUAACUGCACUUUUCUUCCAUUCAAAAAUCUUACAGUGAAAAAUAUUCCCACUGUCAUAUUAUGUGUUAUAAUGAAUACAGUUAAUAAAAUCAGUUGUCACUUUUCAUUGA